GGGACUAUAUUCGAAACAAAAACAGUGCUGCCAACAUCCAUAGCCACCUAGUCAAGAAAAUUCGAACUAUCCCAUGUCUCUUUCAAAGUUUCUUUGAUAAAAUCGUGAACGCACGUUUUUGGUUUUAUUUGCGUUGAUACAUUUCGCUCGAUCAAAAUGACGAAGAAGAGACGUAAUGGAGGACGAUGCAAACACAACCGUGGUCACGUAAAACCAGUACGUUGCACAAACUGCGCACGUUGCGUACCAAAGGACAAGGCGAUCAAGAAAUUCGUCAUCCGUAAUAUUGUGGAAGCAGCUGCCGUUCGUGAUAUUACUGAAGCAUCGGUGUACAGCUCGUACGUUCUCCCGAAACUGUAUGCAAAAUUACACUACUGUGUAUCGUGCGCUAUUCACUCGAAAGUGGUCCGCAACAGGUCAAAGGAAGCUCGUCGCAUUCGUACACCACCACAAAGAACUUUCCCUCGAGAUGUAGCACGUCAACAGGCUCAAGCCAGAAAGUAAAUUUUGUUUAACGCAAAGUUCCAAUAAAAAUUUUCUGAAAACCGGA